UCCUAAUACAAGAUAAUUCUAUAUAAAUGAAGGGAACCCUAUGCACAUAAUGAAAAAAUCAUUUAAAUCAAAAUUCAAACCCCUUAUUCGCAAUCAUAUCCCGUCAUGUUUGCAGUUCUGAUCAUCGAAACCGCACUGUACUCUGUACGGGACUUAAGCAUUGUAUCUCUGUUUGGGCUGGUCAUUCUUCUAGUCUAUUUCACAUGGCGACUUUGGACCUUCACACUAUUUUCGCUGCUAUGCUCAGAUCGCCCGAAGCUACUACCGUACUGGGUACCAGGUAAGAGUCUAAUUCGCGUUACAGUCAGCAUCGAUUUGGCUCACAUGUCCAUUCUUUAGGUCUAGGACACUUGAUAGGCUUUUUCUGCGACAGUGAUGGAGUAGUUACUCGAGGGAGGUUCGUAUGAUCUCAUAUGAUGUAAAGUUCAUACGCUGACUUCCUAUGAGACUAUACUUCGGCAACACCCGUGAGCCCUUCGCGCUAGCUUUUGGCCAUCGUGCCUACUAUAUCAUCACCUCCGCCCGAGAUGUCACUGAGGUCCACAAGAGUGCGGCGAGCCUGACCUUUGCGACUAUACGCGUGAGACGAUGUCCCAAUUCGACGUUUCGGAGAGAGGCGUUGCGGUAAUGUGGGAACAGCCAAACGAUUCUACCCGCAAACAGCUCAUCCAUAUCUGCGAGACUGCUUUAAAAGCGCAGAUUCAUCUCG